UAGAAACGACUACGGAUGCCACGCAGGGUCAGAAAUCGUUGGGGUGAUGUGUGCGGAAGUGUGCUGAAAUUUGUUCUCCAAAUUUGGGACGGACAGUCAUCGGUGCCAAGAUUUCCAGUCGGUGUUUACGAACAGGUCCAAGCAUCACCGUCUUAGACGAUGGAGGACGAUAUGGUAUUGCAUUUCGCUAACUUCAGCACACUUAUCGUGUGCAUGGUUCUCAAGUUUCCUCAGAUAUUUGUGCUGGUGAGAGCGAAAUCAACUACGGGUGUGAGCUUGAACAGUUUGCUCUUGGAACUUAUCGGGUUCAUUGUGUUUGUCCGCUAUCAAAUGUACUACGAUUACCCACCUCCUACCUACCUGGAGUACCCCAUUCUGAUUGCCCAAGAUUUUAUGCUGUUGCUGCUGAUUCUCCAUUACAAUGGCAACCUGAAGCAAGGGCUGCUAUAUGCACUCGUGUUUGUGGGAGGCUGGCACCUUCUCAUUGUAAAUAAGUGGAUCAUUGAUCUUGCAAUGAGCCUAUGCACUUUUAUCAGUGCUGGCAGCAAGUUUGCUCAGCUCCAGUGUCUGUGGGCAUCCAAAGACUCCGGUCAGGUCAGCACCCUCACCUGGGCCAUGGCAACCUACACCUGCAUGGCAAGGAUUUUCACCACACUUGUGACUACUGGAGAUACUCAGGUUCUAAUCAGGUUUAUCGUCAUGACGCUCCUGAACAUGUGGGUUACGGCAACAAUAAUGUACUACAGGCCCAAGAGCUCCAUGAAACAAGACUGAGGCUCCAGAAAGUUUACGUCAGAGUGGGGGCUGCCUCAUGCUCAGCUCCAGACCUCUGCUCAGGUCAUUUCCAAUACUCCCCUUUCUUAAGGUAAAAAGAGGUUAGGAAUUUACACACUGGAAAAAAAACCAAAUCAAAUGCUGUUUUGGUUUACAUUCUUACCCUGGGAUAACCCAUUAGUUAACCCAUGGGCAACUAAUGACAUAACUGGUGUUUCAGUAUUAUUUGGCAGUUAAUAAUUAUGCUAUUUAAUGUAUUAGUUUAAUGGUUUCAAAUGAUUGACCAAAGCCUUUUUCUAAGUGCAAUAACUAUGCAUUGUUUCUGUUGUAAGUUACAAUUGAGGUUUUCAAAGUUUUAUAACUUGGUACAGUAUUUUUCAAAAGUUGGAACAAUAUUUAACCAAACACCUUCUUAAGUAAUUCCGUAUAUCAUGCAGUGGUACUUCAAGAGCAUUGUUUGCUCCUGAAGGUCAUGUUGAUUAGAUCAGAUGAGCACACAUUUCCAAAGCAUUCCUGAGGUUUACAAGAGAAAAUGCAUUCUUGUAUUUAUUCUUGCCUGAUUUGUAUCAGUCCAGGAAAGCUUUCAGGUACCUAAGCAAGCUGGUAUGCCUGCUGUUUUUGGAGUGAAACAACUUUUUUGUACUUAUACGUUUGUUGUUAGUUGUGUGUUCAUAGAGAAAACUGUAGAUCAGACUCAAUAAAUGCUUCUUUUCUGGAAAAGCA